CCGAGCCCUCCGCCCCACGAGCGCGCACGUAUCGUUGGCUCCGCUCCGCCUAGGGUUUUAGCCCCUCCCUCACCACCACCGCCCCACCUCGCGCCGCACCCUCACAAAUCCCCCUCCCGAAACCAAUCCCCCCUCCCCCUCCCCUUCCCUCCCCACCACCCCCCGCCGGGCGACGAGCGGCGGCCGGCGCCCAGGCCCCGAGAUGGACCGGUACCAGAGGGUGGAGCGGCCGCGGCCCGAGUCGGCCAUCGCCGAGAACGAGAUCCGAAUCACCGCCCAGGGGCUUAUCCGCAACUAUGUCUCCUACGCCACGUCCCUCCUCCAGGAUCGGAAGAUUAAAGAGAUUGUUCUGAAAGCCAUGGGACAGGCAAUCAGUAAGUCUGUUGCUGUCACAGAGAUUAUCAAGAAAAGAGUUCCCGGGUUGUACCAAGAUACUAACAUCAGCUCUGUCAGCAUAACUGAUGUCUGGGAACCUAUUGAAGAAGGCCUUGUCCCACUGGAGAUGACUCGCCAUGUUUCAAUGAUUUCAAUUACUUUGUCUCCAGUAGAGCUGGACCAAAAUUCCCCAGGGUAUCAAAGCCCAACUUAUGUUGACCAGCCCAGGCAACAGCAGCGCCUCCAGCAGGCACCACCACCAAUGCGUCAACCUCGCCAACAACCAUCUGAUUAUGAAGACUCCUAUGUGCGGGGUCGUGGCAGAGGAAGGGGCCGUGGGCGUGGUAGGGGUUGGGGUAGAGGAGGUUAUGGCGGAUAUGGAAACAACCAAGGCGGGUAUAACCAAGGUGGGUACAACCAAGGUGGAUACAAUCAAGGCGGGUACAACCAAGAUGGUGGGUACUACGAUAAUCAAGGCGGAUACAACCAAGAUGGUGGGUACUACGAUAAUCAAGGUGGGUAUGGUGGUGGAUAUGGCUACAACCAAGGCCGACAAGGAAACUACCAAGAAAAUGGUGGAUAUAACCGAGGACGGGGUGGUAUGCGUGGAAGAGGCAAUUGGAGUUACCGUGGGGGAUAUGAACGCGGCAGGGGUGGUGGUGCUCCAGGUGGUAGGGGAUACGAAGGUGGAAGAGGAUAUGACCAAGCUCCCGCUGGAAGGGGCUACGGAGGUGGGAGGGGAUAUGACCAAGCCCCUGCUGGAAGGGGAUACGAAGGCGGAAGGGGAUAUGACCAAGCUCCUGUUGGGAGGGGGGGAUACGAGGGCGGAAGGGGAUAUGGAAGGGCUCGGGGAAGAAUGGCUCGUGGGCGAGGGUACUGAGCAAAGGCAGAAUUUCCAUGGGCUUCUGGUUCUAUUUAAAUGCAUGCUUUAUAAUGUCAGGGGAAAGGUAAGUUAUCCAAAGAUUUUCUGUUGGAAGCUGUCGUUCGUGUGGGUGUUAGUUGUUUCCCCUGAGCGCGAUGUUUGGUUGUGAGCACAAUGCUUUUCCAGAGUUUAUCCUGUAAUCAUCUUUCAAUGUUGCUGUCGGCGAGGUUUGCUGUUUUUCCCAAUGGUCGAUGAAUGCUGAGCAUGCAGCUCUAUGUUCAUGCCCGUCGUAUUAUCUCAUGGAACUGUUACCUUGUUUA